AUGAUUUUUUCAAUAGUCGGAGCUAUCUUCCUUUAUUUAUUUUUAUUUUUUAUCUCCAAAUACUUCACCAAUACCAACAAUAACCCACCAUCAUCACAACAACAACCACAAUCAUCACAACAACAGCCACAAUCAUCCCCACAAUCACCACAAUCAUCCCCACAAUCCCCACAAUCACCACAACCACCACAACCAACACAACCAACACAACCAGAACGUACUGCAUCAAUCCCUAACUAUAGAAAACUAUUUCAAGAUAUGGAUGCAUACGAAAAACAACAACAACAAGAUGAACAAUCAGAGCCACAACCACAACAACCAUAUUCUCAUUCAACCGCACAAUCAACCAGUUAUCCAAAUUUAAAUGAAACCCACUCACGCUAUACUACUGGUAGUGUUCCAUCAACCAAUCAACCACAACAACCACAACAACCACAACAACCACAACAAAUCAACCAAAAAUCACAACCAAACAACUAUCCUAAUUAUAAUAGAGCCCAAUCACGUUAUACUACAGGUAGUGUUCCAUCAACCAGUCAAAAACAAAACCCACAACCACACUCAAAUCCAAACCCACACUCAUAUCCAAACCAAAACCCAACCCCAAACCCAGCCCCAACCCCAAGCACAAACCCAAACCCAAACCCACAACAUAAACCAUCAAGUGCACAUUCUGUUAGCUACCCAACAUUUAAUAGAGAACAAUCACGUUAUAAUGUUGCUGGUAAUUCUAGAUCCACCAAUUCACCACAACAAUGCCCACAACAACCACAACAACCAUUUAAACCAUCAAGGGCAGAAUCGAAUUACCCAGCAUUUAAUAGUGCACACUCACGUUUCAAUACUACAGACGGACCAACAACAGCAAAUACUCCAACAACUAACCAACAACAAAGGGCACACAAAUCAUCAGAUUACCCAUCAAUCAAUAGAGAACAAUCUCGUUAUAAGUGUGCAAGUACACCAUCAUCAAAUACUCCAACUUUCAACUCUGCAAAUAAUGAAAAAUUAAAUAAGGAAAAAGCAGAAAAAGAACGUAUUGAAAUAUUGGAAAAAGAAAAGAUGGAAAAAGAAAAUUUGGAAAAGGAAAGAAAAGAAAGAGUCCGUGAAGAAAAAGAGACAUUAGAGAAAGAAAGAUUAGAAAAUCAAAGAUUAGAAAAAGAAAAAAAAGAAAGGGAGCGUUUAGAAAAAGAAGAGUUUAGCGAAUGCUGUAUUUGCUAUAUCAAAUUAGACUCAAACAAUACCACCUCGAUAGAUUGCUCCCAUAAAUUUUGCUAUGGAUGCAUCAGUGAAUGGUCCAAAUUAGAAGAAACUUGCCCAUUGUGCAGAAAAAUUUAUUUUUAUUUUCAUAGAGAGGGUCGUAUUCCAAGAGAAGUCGUAUUAGAUUUAAUACUUCAAAAAUAUAGUUCAGAAAAUAAUUCUCAAAAUAAUUCCGAAGAUGAGUCCAAAGUUAAGUCCCAAGAUGAGUCUGAAUAUGAAUACGAAGAUAAUUACGAUGAUCAUUCCGUUUAUGAAUCAGAUUUCGACUCAGAUGAUCAUAUCAAUAAUGAUUUCGUUUCAGAUGAUCAUAUCAAUAAUGAUUUCUCUUCUGGCAAUAAUGAAGAAUUAGGUGACCCAAUGGAUCUCGAUUAA